AUGGCCCAACGAGCCCUAAGACGGGUGUUUGUGUACGGGACGCUGAAGCGUGGCGAACCGAACCACCAUUUGCUGGCGGAAGCCGACAACGGGUACGCCAAGUUCAUCUGCAAAGGUUCUACGAAUCGCCGGUUUCCACUGGUGGUUGCCACACGGUACAACAUACCCUUCCUGCUGGACAAGCCGGGUACCGGCAGUUAUGUAACGGGUGAGAUCUACGAGCUGGACGAUCCACUGUUUGAGCAGCUGGACGUGCUGGAGGACUACCGUAAGCUGUACGAUCGGCAGAUUGAGGACAUUAACGUUGGUAUCGAGGGAGGGAAUGUACCGUGUUGGUUGUACCUGCUACGCAACUGUCCGGACCGGUUGUUGAAGCUGCCGAUGCUGACCGAGUACCGGAAUACGCUGGAGCAGCCGUACUCGCGCCGACCACCUGGGAAGGUGAACAUCUUCGAGGAGUUGCUGAAGGGUGAUGAGUAGCGGUGGGAUCGGUGUGUAGUGGGGGA